AUGUUCCAGGCCCGCUCAAUCUCUCUGGCUUGCAGAGCUGCGUCUCGCUCCCCAAGCUCUCCCGUUGCCCAGUCAGUCUCCCGGAGCUUCGCAACCGCCUCAAAUGUAUCCCCCGGCCGAAGCCAUCGAGUGGUUGUGAUUGGAGGCGGUGCGGCUGGUCUGGAUAUCAGCCAUAAGCUCCUUCGGUCUGGCAAGUUCUCCCAGGACGACAUUGCUCUUGUUGAUCCCGCAACCUGGCACCAUUACCAGCCCGGAUGGACUCUUGUUGGUGGUGGCCUCAAGACUAAAGAGGAGCUUCGACGACCGCUCAACAGUCUUGUCGACCCCAAAUUCAAGUUCUACAACGACGGCGUGGCUGGCUUCUCACCUGAAGACAACUCCAUCACACUCAGCAAUGGCGACAAAGUCAGCUACGAGCAGCUGGUUGUCGUGCCCGGGAUCUCGAUCAACUACGGCAGUGUCAAAGGUCUCUCCGAGGCUCUGGCCGAUCCAAGAAGCCUCGUCUCCUCCAUCUACAACUACGACACCUGCGACAAGACAUACGACACCAUUCAGAGGCUUCAGAAGGGCACCGCCAUCUUCACUCAGCCAGCAGGCCCGAUCAAGUGCGCCGGCGCUCCCCAGAAAAUCCUAUGGCUCGCCUUGGACCAUUGGAAGCGCGCAGGCCUGUAUGAUCCCAGUAGUCCUUCCGCAUCCGCAGUCAAGAUCAGCUUCGCUACGGGCAUGCCGGUGAUGUUCGGUGUUCCCAAGUAUAACGCUGCGUUGGAGCAGCUCCGCAAGGAGAGGGGAGUUGAGGGACUCUUCCAGCAUGAUCUUGUCGCCAUUGAUGGCGAUAAGGCAACUUUUGCCCUCCCGGAUGGGAAGGAGGCGGUGACGAAGCAAUUUGACCUUUUGCACGUCGUUCCUAAGAUGGGACCUCACGCAUUUGUCAAGAACAGUGCCCUGGCCAACGAGGCUGGCUACGUUGACGUUGACGACGGCACAACUCGCCACAAGAAGUAUCCCAAUGUUUGGUCUGCGGGCGAUGCAUCCAGUCUCCCGACCUCCAAGACUGCGGCUGCUAUCACCUCACAGUCACCCGUUCUGGUCCACAACCUGUUGCAAGCUAUGGAGGGCAAAGCAGCAGACGCAACCUACGACGGAUACGCUUCGUGCCCGUUGUUGACAGAGUAUGGCAAAGUGCUCCUUGCUGAAUUCAAGUACGGGGGUGAGCCAAAGGAGACCUUUGGCGACUGGUUCGGUAUUGACCAGGCGGUUCCCCGGAGGUCCUUCUAUUAUCUGAAGAAGAACUUCUUCCCUUGGGUCUACUACAACCACAUGGUAAAGGGGACAUGGGGGGGACCGAAGGGUUGGACUAACUGA